AUGUCAACAUACGAACUAAAAAGAAAUUGGGAAGGUGAUCCGUGUCUCCCACAAGCAUACUCAUGGAUUGGUUUACAUUGUAGCUAUGAUAGUAUUGACCCCCCUAGAAUAACAUCCUUGAACUUGUCUGCUAGUGGAUUGACUGGAGUGAUAUCUGCUGAUAUAUCAAAUCUCAUGAUGUUACAAUAUUUGGAUCUAUCGGACAAUAGCCUAACUGGAUCAAUACCAAAAUUUCUUUCUCAAUUGCAAUACUUGAGGGUCCUAAACUUAGAAAGAAAUCAGCUUACUGGUUCUGUUCCAGCUGACCUCAUAGAAAGAUCAAACAAUGGUACACUAUUAUUGCGUGUGGAUGAAAAUUCAAAUCUUUGUGGAUCUGGAUCAUGCAAAAAGAAGAACAAUAUUGUUAUUCCAAUAUCAGUCAUUCUCUUAUUCAUUGUUGCGGCUGUCAUGUGGGGGCUUUGGAGAUAUCAGAAAUAUAAGAAUAAAGGUAAGAAUGCUAAUAUCCUGGGCUGGGAAGCAAGGCUUAAUAUAGCAAUGGAAGCAGCACAAGGAUUGGAAUAUUUACACAAUGGUUGUAAACCACCUAUAAUCCAUAGAGAUGUGAAGACUACAAAUAUCUUGUUGAAUGAAAAUUCUAAUGCCAAACUAGCCGAUUUUGGUCUAUCCAAAAUAUUCCCAGCUGAUGGCACUCAUGUCUCAAUGCUUGGUGUUGCUGGCACCCUUGGAUACCUUGACCCCGAGUAA